AUGGCAUCGAUGUACUUUUCAGGGAAAAACAGCAAUGAUAUCUUCUAUGAUGACCCUGGUAACCAAUUGAUUCAGAUAUUUCCAUCCUUAUUUGUUGAACUUGUGUCUGAUGGCGAACAAAACACAAGGGUCUUUUUAGACACCCCACUUUUGAAAAUCAGGGAUUUAGACCAGUCCAAAAUAUUGCCUACUCCAAAACAUAUAAUUGAUAAGUAUUCAGCAUCGGUUUCAAUUGGGAGUAUUCCCGAUUUACCAGCUCUUUAUUAUAUCACUAAUGUGUUGGUAAAGGCUGAAUUUCGAGAAAUUAGUAGUGACGAAUUCAAGUGCAACUUUUUUGCACCGCUUGAUGCCGCUAUCAGAGUAUCGAAUAUUCUUGAUAGAUUUUUGUCUUAUGUAUAUGAAUAUCCAAGAGCACAAUCAAAUAAUGAAGAAUUUGUACAGCGAUACUUUAAUGGGCGAGUUCUGACGCCAAUAGAAAAUCUUUACAAGUACACAUGUGGCCAACACCAUGUCUUUGGAGGACCUCUUAUUAUAAAGCCACCUUUUACUGAUGCGAAGAAUUUACGUUACAAGCCUGAUAUAAUUCAUUUCCUGACGAAUAAACUGGCUUCAUUGCAUGAAUUUCCUAAUAUUUAUUUUGGGUUGGGUGAUUACAAAACAGAAAGCUAUUAUUUAUCACAAGGAUUUGAAGAAUUGAAGGGAGCGAUAAAAAGCUUUAAGAAGAUACUAUCUAAUACAUGGCUAUUGAGAGCGAUGGAAGAUCCACUCGUUUUCGAGGAUGAAGCGGAGUGGUCCCCAAGGGUGGUUUGUGCCUUAGUGCUACGGAA